UUCACAGAGCUCCCCUCAUAUUUGGGGGGAAAGGAAUCUGGAAUCGUUUCCCUCUCCCCUGCUCAGAUGCUUGCAAGAAGUUCCUUUCUUCGAGAAACACACUACACACACACACACACACAUGCACACACUACACGCACACAUGCAGUAACACACAGAUGGAUACAAAUGCACACAAAGAUACACACAUAUACACAUAGAAUGGUCUCUUUGGCUCCCCAGGUACUUUGUGGCUUCAAUGCCUCUAGGCAGAACACGUACUGUAGACCCAGUCUCACACACACAUACACACAUACUCACACACACUCACAGACACGGAUAUUUUUGAAUGCUGAUCAAAAUGUUCUCAUAUUCACUGACAGCUCUGCGCUAUCAGAGUCCAAAUCCAGUUGCCCUCAUUUGAUUUAAUCCCUCUUCUUUUGCUUCCAGUCUUUCUGUGUAUGUUUUGUGCAUCUCCAUGGUACAAGCAAACAUGUUUCCACCAAAUGUUGUGGGUUCAGUCGUUACUGAGGGCUGAGAGAAGGGAGAAGGAAGAAGGGAGUGAGGGAAGAUUAUGAAGGAGGUCUAGGGUCUGGGAUGUGGGCAGCGUUUGAAGAAGAGGAAUGUAUCAGACAGAGGGUAAACAUUGCCGGUAGCUGGAAAAACACACACAGACACAUUAUCACACAGCUCCUGAGGGGAACGGAAGCUCUGGGAAUCUAAAACAACCUGUUCCCAUUGCGUAGCUCCUAAUCAACCGGGUUACAUAUCUGACCAACUGUCUCCAUGGCUGUCCUGUGCUGUGCCAUGUUGGUGCUGCUGUGUGUUUUUGACACAGCCACUGUUGUGGCUGACAUGGACUAUGGUGGAGUUCCUCUGUGGAUCAACCGCUUGCUUGGUGAGCCCAGUGUGAUGAGCCUGCAGGGCCGGAUGGACCCAUCUUGGUACAGAGCCAACAACCCUCAGGCCUGUCCUCAACAGUGUGACUGCCCCAUCCACUGGCCCACAGCACUGUACUGUGACCACAGAGGUCUGGCAGACAUGCCUGACCACCUGCCGGUCACAACUCAAUACCUGUUUCUCCAGGGCAACAACAUCUCGUCCAUGUCUCCCUCUGUUCUGGCCAACAUCACAGGGCUCCGCUGGCUCAUCCUGGACCACAACCAGCUACAGAGUGACAAGCUGGACCAGGCCACCCUGAAAAACCAGACCCAGCUGUGCUACUUUUUCGCCAACCACAACCUCCUGAGUUCAGUGCCCAGUGGUCUGCCAGCUGGACUCAGACAACUGCGGUUGGCCUACAACCAAAUCAGCAGCAUCAGCCCUGGAGCUCUGCAGAACUUACAUAACCUGACACUGCUGCUGCUACAGGGAAACAGAUUGCAAACCAUUACCGCCGGAGACUUCAGAGGUCUGCUCAGUCUAAGCCUUUUGGACCUCAGUGGGAAUUUGUUCUCAUCUGUUCCUGGGCAUUUACCCCCCACUGUACAACAGCUCUAUCUGUCCAAUAACUCCCUCUCUGUGCUGGAGGAAGACAGUUUUGUGGGAUUCCUCAAUCUUAAGUAUCUUCGUUUAAGUCACUGUGGUCUGCAGAGCCACAGUGUCCACCCACAGGUCUUCAACAUCUCCAGCUUGGUGGAACUCGACCUUUCCUAUAACAAAUUUACAACCAUUCCCACAGUCCCCACCACCCUGCAGUACCUCUACCUGGAGGCCAAUGAAAUACAAGAGUUCAACGUGACUAGUUUCUGCAGAGAGGUGGGACCUUUGUCCUAUUCCAGGAUGAAGAUCCUACGACUUGAUGGAAACAAGAUGUCCUACCACCAUCUGCCCCCUGACUGGGUCUUCUGUCUGAGAGUUCUUCAAAAUAUUUACAUCUGACUCUGCCUUGUGAAUAUGCAACGGAGAGGGAUUACUGUAUGUCACUGGCCAAUCUCAUCUAGUGGCACAGAGAAUAAACAUGACCCAAUUAA